GAGGGGCUGGAGUGGCUGGAGGGGCAACGGAAAGUCAAGUCAUGUGGAGCAUGAAAAAUGAAGCUUUUCUUUUCGAGAUGCAAGAUACAAGAUACUCGGUUUGCUCUUCAUCGCUAUUCAAGUAGCACAAUUCACAAUGAAUGACCUAGAAGCGUUCGCAAUUGCCCUUGAGGAAGCUCGGCUGGGCUACAGAGAAGGUGGCGUGCCGAUUGGAGCUGCAUUGGUUUCUCAAGAUGGCAAACUGCUUGGGAGGGGGCACAACAUGCGCGUGCAGAAAGGCUCAGCAAUCCAUCAUGGGGAAACUGCAGCACUAGAGAAUUCAGGACGGCUUCCCGCUUCAGCAUACAGAGGUGCUACCAUGUUUACAACCCUCUCUCCUUGUGAUAUGUGCACGGGGGCCUGCAUCCUCUAUGGAAUCUCGCGAGUUGUGAUUGGUGAGAACAAGACUUUCCUUGGCGGCGAAGCCUACCUGAAGCAAAGAGGCGUUGAGGUUGUUGUUUUGGAGAGUCAGGAAUGUCAAGACUUGAUGGACUUAUUCAUUAAGGAGAAGCCCGAAGUCUGGUAAGUGGUCCGAGGCAUGCCGAGACACGGAGGCUGAUUGGGCUUGUAGGAACGAGGACAUUGGUGAAGAGGAGAGGGUUUACUCCAAAGAAUUGAAAUGAGAAGACGAAUGAAUUAAUC